AUGAAAGGGGAAGAGAAUAUGAGGGAAUGGCGUCGCCUGGAAGAACGCCAAGAUCAUAACGAAGGACACAAGGAUAGGACAAAGGAAAGAUCAAGAGAGAAUCCAAACGCUGCGUGGAGAACACCCAACAACUUCAGCCAACUUGAGAAAGUAACGUAAGCUCGUCCUGUAUACCUUUUAGUCAGUUAGAAUGACCGUGUUUUUCCCGGUCCAUAGACGUCACAUAUCGAAGCCAAGAAAUUUUCCGGAUGGGUCUUCCCGCGUCAUGUUCGACCAUGAAAUUCGAUGUGGUAUCUCUCACAACAAGGAAGUCAUGGUGCCGACAGGAGUCUAAACAACGUAGUGUUGUUGUUAAUUACAUGUAGAAAACAUUGUUAAAACAAUUCAGUUUAAAGAUGUGGUAGGCACACACAGCCAUGACUCCCAGGAAAGGAAAUUUUAUCUUUUUAAGAGCCAAGCCAUGAUGUAAGUAUUUGUUUCCUUUUUCGUCGUUUAAAAACCUAUAUAAUCCUAGAUUCUCUAAUAACCGAAUAAUCUUUGUUAGGUAAAUAGACUGACAGGCCUUAUAAGAACCUCAUUAAAUUACCAAACUUGGUUCACUUCAGCGUCAAUUUUGCUUCAAUUCUUUAAUUAUCUUUUGUAAAUCACUGGAAAAAUCAUUCUGAUAGUCAAACUUGAGCAUCUCCCAUUCCUGAGAGGAGCUCUUGGUUGCUGUCUUACUUCCAUUGAUUUCCCCUUUCAAGGAUUAAAAUUCUCAGCGGUUCUUUUCCUCUGUAAUUUGUGAUCACAGGUAUGGUGUACUUGCAAUUCUAGAAGUAUCGAUCGAUCUGUCUUUGACUAGCAUUUAAAAUCAUCAAGGCUGCUUAUCAGACAAAUUUCCAAGUACCUUCAUAAAUGCGGGUUUAUUUUUUGUACUUUAGGCUGACUAUCAUAUUCAAGUUUGCUUGCACAAUUUAAGUUACUUUGAGAGGGGUCUAUUCGCCAUAACGAUAACACAGUUCCUUGGCCAGCAACAUUGGCUCGUGUCCUUUAGUACAUUCAGAUGCCCAGAAAACCUCGUUAAUGGCUCUAAAAGUAAUUAUCAGUUGAUUAUGCCUUUGAUUUGAUAUAUUAAACAUCGUCGUAACUAUGUUAAGGUUUAUCACAGGCUGGUAGCCAACGUAAAUCAUAUGCAACUUUGAGUUCGACCGUUUCUUACAAGAACGACUCAACAAUAUACCAAGGAAAGGAACACUUAAAUGGGAAAGAACAGUCUGUAGGAUGACUGUGUGGAAUUAGAAUCAAUGCUUCCACCGACAGUAUGGUCAGCCAGAGAACAACCACUAGAUAACAGAAUUUCCCACCACCAGAGUUUGGUUUGUAACAAGGUCUUUUUCCUUGAUGCUAACCGCCAUACAUAAGUUGCGCUGAAGAGAAUUUGGAUUCCGGCUUGAAAUGUAAGCAAGUCCUAUGAAAAGGUUAAUUCACUCAAAUAUAAUUGAGAAAAAUAAGAACAGAAUGAGGAAACAAGAUAAUCUCCAAUAAAUGAUUCAGUGUUUGGUUGUACUUUACCAUUUAAUGCUUUAAACAGGAAUUGUUGAUGAGUGACAGUUUAUUAGUGCAAUGAUUUCAACACAAAUAAAAGUAACAGUUGAAAGAAAUUGACCAGGUUAGUGUACACUGGUGUAAUGAAAUUGCCCAGCUGUUGUAAACAGAAGCAUACUGACAACAGCGGAAGUACGGAAGCACACCGAAAUUCAAAACAGCUGAUUUGUUGAAUGGACAGCCGCCCUACUUAUCAUAGAGGAAGAUUCAGUGUUAUUACCAAGAAAAGUAAGAUCACAUUUUCUCACAUUUUCAUUGCCGAAUUAAUCCGCUCUACAUUUUUUACUAAGCAAAAUAAUCAUUUUUAUAACAGUCUUUUGUAUUACCUUAACAUUGAAGCCAUUUUUCUUUGACUGCUCUGAUUAUUAAUUAAAUAUAACUAUUUAUUUAUCAUAUUAAAACUGGUUUUAUGGUUACUUGGUGUCACACUGCAUAUUGUGUUCAGCACACCAGAUUUGAAAACCAAACCGUUUUCUUAUUACCUUUAGCUAAGGCAAGAUGUCUUUGGGAGAAUGAAACAACACCAAAAGCCUCACAAGUGCAAUACCACACGACAGAUUGGAGUUAAGUCAUGUCUUCAGUUUUGUAUUAUCUGAUUGUCUUUUUGGUUGACCCAUGUUUUGUAGGUUAAAAAUCUAAAAAUGAUUCCCCGUGAGAGCAAUAAAGGCUAUAUAGCAAAAACAGGGAGAUGUGUCGGCACGAGAGUACGGAACAAGACAAGGAUCGUUAUAUGACCUUUCCGUACCCAUAAACCGCUGUUGCUGAAAAAGCCCAUCAGAGCGGCUUGUCUGGUCAGCUUUUGCGAAGAGGCAAUGUGGAUUGUUGGCACUCACAAAGGUCAAGCGGAAGCUAUCCACACAAGAUCUAACCCUGAAACCUCAACAGGGAUUAGGCCCUGAAAAAUGAAUUCACCCGG